UUUUGGAGUAACAGUGUAAUUUUUUUUUUUAACCAACAGAUGCACUGACUUUCUGAGGAACUGAAGACUCCUGUGGUUAGACUUGUUUCAAGAAAAGCAUCUUAUCUGAGGGUCUUCUCGUAAAGCAAAUGUUGUGCAACACCCAGCAUGCUGUGCUUUAUCAAGAGAAGAUCGAUGUUCAUACUCAACUGAUGUAUUUUUAGAUGCCCUUGUCUUUGAUGGGGGCCAGAUAUGUAUAUGUUGCAACAAUUUUCAGUAUGCUUCCGAUAUUCUUUUAUUUUUUCUUGAUCUGUACACAAAUACUAAUAUGCGUUACUGACGGGAAUAAAGCAAGACACAAGCUGGUUAGAAAUUAGCUUGUCACUGCUCUCUGGCGGUCAGACUCUGUAAUUGAGAAUUGUUGUGGCUGAAACAUUUUGAUGUAUUUCAUUAAAGAACUCGCAUGUUUAAGAGAUUUUGUAGCUAAAAUAGCAUCUACAACUUUGAUGAGACGUUUAUGUCCAUACAUGUUUAAUGGGAGUUGUAUACACUUUUUAAAUAUUUGGAGGAAAUGCUCAGAUUUCCUAAUACAUGUUUGUACAGUAAGAAAGAAAAAUAAACUGCAGUAAUUUAGGAUGUAUAGUAGGUGGCACGUUAAGUUGAAUACAGGUGGUGGCAAAAACCUUUGCUUUUCAAAUUAUUAUUGAUACUGAGAAAAGCUUAAUUUGUCUAUACUUAUGUUGCAAUCAACAUGAUUUGUCUCCAUUGCGUUAGUUUUUAACAUAAUAUUGUUAUGUUAAGAGGUUGUAAUACACAAAAGAUGCUUGUAGCACUACAGAUGGUAGUAAAAACCUGCUGCUAAAACAGGUGCUUCUAGCUAAAAAUACAGUAUUAGAGUAAAAUCAAUAUUCAGCACCAUUGGUCCAGGUCCAAACUAAAAAGGAAUAUACGUGAUUAAUGUCUGAUAUUUGGGAUGGUAUUGAGGAUUUUAAAAUUAUCCAGGAGAGGAGAAUAUAUCUAAAGACGUUGCAAUUAACAGCGAGUGUGUGUGCGGUUUGGUUUCUCAUUCUGUCUCUGUUCUGUUUCCAAUGGGAAGUAGUGAUGGAGUGAGCACUGGACAGGUCAGCAGGUGAAUGGUGUGGGAUCUAGGAGGGCAGCUACAAGAGAAGCAAUGGGACUUGUGGUGAAGGUCCAGAGGAGGAAUUUCUCAACUGACAGAAGAGAUGAUGAAGGUAAACACCUUCAAGAAAGAAGCUGACUGUAAGGAUGGAGGAAAGACAAUGGUAAGCACUCAUACUUGGACCUAGCAAGUGAUAGAAUUAGAGAGCCUGAUUACCACAUAAUGUGAGAAAACAAUCUAGACCUACUUCAGAAAAUUUGCUUCUCUUUUAGUUCCUCUUGGUUAGUCUUGAUGAGCUCCAACUAGUGGCCACUCCUGUUAGCAACACCCUGCGAAGAUGGAAGGUAGGAGAGACACACACACACACACACUCUCCUGCACACAACUUUCUUCAUAACAAUAAUUCUUACAUUUUUUUUGAAAAAUCCACAACAUGUUUACAAAUGUAGUGGAAGGACAGAAAAAACUUUUCCCCUGACAUCACUUUCAAAUUACGUUAUGCACAUCUAGUCAUGCUGCCAAAACUAUGCUCAGCAGUGGGGCCAGUGUGUUCAGGGUGAAGUAUUUUUCAUCGCACAAAGUGUUUUCAUGCAAGAAAGUAGAAUUGUGGUCUCAUCUGGCCAAACCAGUUUCUUUCAAAUGGGCCCAAGUCCUAUGACCUCCUUUCAACAAAACCUUCUCUAAUUAAUUCUCUCCUCCCACAUGUUACCUGUUAUUUUCAUCUGGGCAGGUCUGCAGUGGCAUCAAACAUAUUCGAUGUUAAGGUUCUGAAUUAAACAGCGUCUUUUAGACGUUCAAAACUUGGGUUUGUUUUACCUGUCAGGCAUGAUCUACAUGAACAAUUAUCUAUACAGAAAUUAUAGAAUUACCUAUUACACUAUUAACAAAUGAAAUGUUUGUAAAAGGUUUUGGAAAGCAUUGAUUAUAUCCUUACACUUCUCAAUUGUAUGCUACCUUUUGUUAGUUUGUUACAUUAAAUCACAUGAGAUAAGUUGAAAUUUGACGGCAUACAAUGGACAAAAUGUCAAAAUGUUUGAGGGGCAUAAACACAGGUGUAAGGCACGGAACAUUCGUGCAGCUUUUUCAGACAUACAGUAUAAAGUUCAGUUGUGAAAACAAAUUUUAUCAUUAUAAUUUUUGGGGGUCUUCUGUUCAGUGGCAGACAGUACAAUCCCAAUGUACAGUUUUUCAUAUAUUCUAGGACCUGUUUGCCAACAGAGGAACAGCGUUUGUGCUUCCUUGUUGAAAGAUUUUUGUUUUAUAACAAGACUCUUCUGUCCUUGAGCAUCACAAUUCAUUUUUUACUCUUUGUUCUUAUUAUACUCAGCUCGACCCUCAGUAUGUCAACACACCACACCUCACCAAAGUGGCUAAAAUAUAAAUAUGCACUUGAAGCCUUCUUUGUUCCUUAACUACAUUUUACUGACAAAGUCCAGUGAACCCUUUCAAAACCUGCAAUACGCCCUAAAAGCUAAAUGACUCUUUUCUAUACAUAAUGUUUGCACUUGCUUAGAUGGUCAGACUGUUUGCUAUGUGAUAUCCGCAGAAACUGUGCUUUGGGUUGUGUCUGUUGUCACGCCGGAUAUAAAAGCAGUUGCUCUGCUUUUUCUCUCCAGGGAUUAUUUUCUGACUGUGGCCAUCUUCGACAUCAGAGAAAAUACUUUGAGACACAAGGAAGCCAUGGCAAUCCAGUCUAACGUUGUUACCUCUCAACCUACCCAGUACACAGUAACAACUGGACGUUCUUCAGACUGGAGUACAAAUGCGUGCGACUGCUGUGAUGACUGUGGCAUCUGUAUGUGUUUUUUAUGGGAUUGUAAAAGGAAGCUGGUUAAGUUUUCUUCUCCAUUAAAUUUGAAUUUUUAUUUGUUUAUCUACCUUUCAUCUAAAGGUCUAUGUGGAGCAUUUAUCCCAUGCAUCCUUGGUUGUAAAGUGGCUCAGGAUAAUGGGGAUAGCUGCUGUCUACCUUUCCUCCCAGGUGCCAUGAUUGCUUUAAGAACAAGCAUACGCAGCAAAUACAACAUUGAGGGCUCUGUGUGUGACGACUGGGUGGUCAUGGCCUGCCUGCCUUUAUGUGGACUGUGUCAGAUGGCGAGAGAGCAGAAGAUGAGAGGAUAAACAGAUUGCUGAUUAAUAAGAACAAAAAAAGAAAAAAAUAGCAUUGUGAAUGUGAUCUAAGAAAAAAUAAAGACAUUUAAUGUUUUUUAUUUUUACCUUUUUAAUGUAAACAUAUAUUGUAUUACUUUAACAUUUCUUACUAUUAUACAUCUACUUUAUAAGCUGGGAAUUGUACAUGAUCUAAAAUGAAAGCAGGAAUACAGAGAGUUAAAACUAACCUUAUAGAGUGACAGUGUUGAAUUAACAAUAAAAAAGACAAAUAGAAGAUAGUGACAUUUAAGGCAGUACUGGUCCUUUCUUUUGCAGAAAUAGUUUUGGACAAUUAAACAUAUAAAGGUUUAAAAACAUUAUUGAGAAUUAUUUUAUUUAAUUAUGUUUCAAUAGUGCACCAUGUUUUCUUUACAGCGAUGUUUUGGACUUUUUGUAUUCACUUGUACUUACAAAAUCACUGGUAUUUCAAUAGAACAAAUGGGAAAUAGCAAAUUGUGGGUUUCAUUUAUUUUAAUGUCAUGUAGUCUUGCUUUUUCUGGAAGGACUUCAGUGGGCUGCCACUAUCUUCCUCUUUCUGACUAAGUCCGUGUUUUCAGUCAUGUAGCGAUACAGCUGUCUGAAGGAACAAGGUGAAAGGAUCAGGGUUCAUUUGAACAGGUUCCACUUUCAUGGCAAAUACAACCACGCCUGAAUCAUACAACUCCAUCUGAAACUACAAGGAAAACAGAUUUCUCUUCUACAUUCAAGUGCAGCUACAUUGAGGUCCCAUCUGACAUCACAAGAAAACCAACAAUGGCAACGUUCAAAACCUUUUGAAAUCUGUUUUUCUCCAUGUCGUCUA